AUGAGUGGCUUGGCCAGUCAUGUGGCAUAUGAAGAAGUUCCGUCUCUAGAGGGAAAAUCGUUACAAGACAUUGUUACGUGGGAUGACAAAUCCUUCUUUAUUAAAGGCGAAAGGAUAAUGAUUAUCAGUGGUGAAUUUCAUCCUUUUCGCCUGCCGGUGCAAUCAUUGUACUUGGAUAUCUUCCAAAAGAUCAAAGCCAUGGGAUUGGAUUUUGUAUCCUUCUACGUCGAUUGGGCCCUAGUAGAGGGGGCACCGGGGCAUUAUAAAGCCGACGGUAUAUUUGCCCUCAAACCGUUCUUCGACGCAGCUGAAAAAGCCGGAAUAUAUCUCACUGCACGGCCGGGACCCUAUAUCAACGCCGAGGUCUCUGGCGGAGGAUUUCCAGGGUGGCUUGCGCGCAUACCUGGCAAUCUGCGAGAUGAUAAUCCCUCCUAUCUAGAGUCUAUCACGAACUAUCUCUCACAAGUCUCUGCGGAUAUAGCUAAAGCGCAGAUUACAGAAGGCGGCCCUAUCGUUCUAUAUCAACCGGAGAAUGAGUACGGCGGGAAUCGUGCUUAUAUGCAGUAUGUUAUUGAUACCGCAAGAAACAAUUCUAUUGUCAUACCUAUGAUUAAUAAUGACGGGGGUCCCAAUGGUAAUUUCGCUCCUGGCAGCGGCCUAGGCGAAGUCGAUAUCUAUGGCUUUGACUGGUAUCCGGGACCUACCAACCGGGAUAUUGGAGACGCACCUGAAUAUCAGCUCCUCAACACCAUUGUCUAUAAUGGAGGUGGUUGGUUAGACAGCUGGGGAGGUCCGGGGAUAUUCGAUAACGUUGAAUUGACCGAUAGUUCCUUCGUGAGAGUCAUUUACCCAGUCAUUCUGCGAGAUAUCGGAGCUAAUGUCAUGAAGACUUUUGGCGGUACAAACUGGGGAAAUUUGGGAUUUCCUGGCAGUUAUACGUCUUAUGACUACGCAGCUGCUAUUUCAGAGACUCGCAAUGUAACACGGGAUAAAUAUGGGGAGACGAAGUUGAUCGCCAACUUCUUAAAGGUUUCUCCUACGUACCUGGAAAGCACCCCAGCCAGCAACUACACGGAAGGUGUAUUCACGAACACUACAGAGGUGGCAGUGACUCAACUUACAUGCAAUAGCUCCGCAUUUUAUGUCAUCAGGAAUUCCGACUAUUCAUCAUUGGGCACGGUUUCAUAUAGUUGGAGGCUUGACACGAGCAUGGGCAACGUAUCGAUCCCCCAACUUCCGGGAACCUUAUCACUAAGGGGUCGAGACUCUAAAAUGAUCGUGACUGAUUACAGUGUUGGUGACUUCAAUCUGGUGUAUACGACUUCCGACAUCUUCACAUGGAAAUCGUUCAGCAACAUGACUGUUCUGGUCCUUUACGGAUCCCAGGGCGAGUACCAUGAAUUCGCAGUCACCAUAUCGAACCAGUCCAACCAUUCUUCGGUGAUAGUCGUGGAAGGAGACCAGUCGGAUAUAUCUUCGAAGUACAUCUCAGGGGCUCUUGUUGUGGGAAUGCAAGUUUCUAGCCAUCGUUCUAUUGUAAGGAUUGAUAAUCUUUUGGUAAUCCUCCUUGAGCGCGUUACCGCAUAUUCCUACUGGGUACCACAAAUUUCUAUAAGCGCUACUUCAGCUGGAUACGUCAACAGUCGCAAUAUCGCCAAUUCAAUUAUUAUCGCUGGAGGGUACAUGGUUCGGACUGUGUCUCUCCAAGGCAGUGAACUCCACGCAUCAGUAGAUUUCAACAGCUCUACGACUCUUGAAAUAAUUGGAGUCCCUCCGCAGGCGAAGUCCCUGUUUGUCAACAGUGGAGCAGUUCCCCAUUCAGUGACUGAAUAUGGAUUCUGGUCCACAAACAUUGAAUACAACGCACCGGCUCUUGAACUUCCAUUGUUACACAAUCUGGAAUGGAGAUACGUCGACUCGCUGCCUGAGAUACAGCCGUCCUACGAUGACUCCAGCUGGCUCUGGGCUAAUCAUACUACGACGAACAAUACUGGCAAUCCCUUAUUGACGCCCACGUCUCUGGAUUCGACUGACUACGGAUUUUAUACAGGCUCGGCGAUCUAUCGAGGUUACUUCACCGCCACAGGAAACGAGCAGAACAUUUCUUUGUCCACCCAAGGUGGAGACGCCUUCGGUAGUUCCGUAUGGCUGAAUGAUACUUAUCUUGGCUCGUUUACAGGAGAUAUCGACCAUCCAAACUACGCUCCUAGUUUCAAUUCCACUUAUCCAUUGCCAAACCUCUCGGCAAGCCAGACAUACGUUCUUACCGUUGUAGUGGACAACACUGGUCUCGACGAGGAUUGGACGUUGAGCAACGGAGAGAAACUACCUCGAGGUAUUACCAAUUACAGUCUGGAUGGGCAUUCACAAGAUGAAGUCUUGUGGAAACUAACUGGAAAUCUUGGGGGCGAGAAUUAUGCGGAUCUCACUCGUGGGCCGCUGAAUGAAGGCGCCUUCUACGCCGAGCGUCAAGGUUGGCACCAACCGGAGCCUCCCAGCGACAAGUGGAUUUCGCGGAGCCCUUUUGAAGGUAUCCAAGAGGCCGGUAUUGCGUUCUUUAGCACAGAGUUUGACUUGGACAUCCCAUCGGGCUGGGAUGUGCCGAUAUCAUUUGUCUUUCGACGCAAUUCAUCGAGUGACUUCAGAGUGCAACUCUUUGUCAAUGGGUACCAGUACGGCAAGUACAUAAAUAACAUUGGACCUCAGCAAUCUUUUCCGGUACCCGAGGGAAUUCUGAACUACAAUGGAAAAAAUUGGGUUGCUCUGACGCUCUGGGCACAGGACCCUGAGGGCGCAAAUUUGAUGGACCUCGUUUUGGUACAUGAAACUCCGGUCAUCUCAACCCUUGAAGUUGAACCAGCUCCACAGCCCGUGUACUCCCCAAGGCCUCGAGCAUAUUGA